AACCUAAUCAUACCCUUCUCGCUUCUCGCGAUUCAUCCGUAGUUUCUCGCUUCGUCGCGACUCGACCGCAGCAUACCUCUCCUCAGAGUCGGCCGCCGCUUACCUUCUUCCUUCAACACCAGCCUCCGAAUCAAGGUUCUCAGCUUUUCAGCUGCAGCUGCGUUGCCCCGGGAAGCUGAUGCGGGAAAUCUGACUAUUUGUUUGGUGCAGCUGUGUGAAAACAGUUUUGGGGCAGCUGUUUCUGACAAAAUGACCAUGCUGCCCCUGUUUGGCUGCACAGGGAGAUUCGCUGGUGGAAGAGUACCUAGGUUGCUGUGAAUUGCACAAGGAAGGCAAUAAAAAUGAUUAUCCCUGUUCGUUGCUUUACCUGUGGAAAGGUGAUCGGCAAUAAGUGGGAUCAAUAUCUCGAUCUUCUUCAGGCAGAUUACAGUGAGGGGGAUGCUUUGGAUGGGGUUGGGUUGGUCCGGUACUGCUGCAGAAGAAUGCUUAUGACACACGUUGAUCUUAUUGAGAAGCUUCUUAAUUACAACACACUUGAGAAAACUGAGCCAAACGCUUGAUUUGUGUUGACUUGUCUGCUAUGGUCAAAUGUCUUUAUUAUGGUAAGAAAAUGUUGUGUGCUUAACUUUGGAGUAAUUUGAUUGUUUGGUUUGACUCGGAUUAAGCCUUGUUGGGCAGAGAUUCUUAUAUAGUUAAUUAUUCUAUGUUUUUGCUUUC